UCCCUGUGUAUUUCAGCCAGAAUUAUGGGAUUGUUUGACAAGCUAGCGGGAUGGCUUGGGCUGAAGAAAAAGGAGGUUCAUGUUUUGUGCCUUGGCUUGGACAAUAGUGGCAAAACAACAAUCAUAAAUAAACUUAAACCUUCAAAUGCUCAAACUCAGGACAUCGUUCCAACAAUAGGAUUCAGUAUAGAGAAGUUCAAGACAUCGAGUUUGUCUUUCACAGUGUUUGAUAUGUCGGGUCAAGGGCGAUACAGAAACCUCUGGGAACAUUACUACAAAGAAGGCCAAGCCAUUAUUUUUGUCAUUGAUAGCAGUGACAAAUUAAGAAUGGUUGUGGCCAAAGAGGAACUUGACACCCUUCUGAAUCAUCCAGAUAUUAAGCACCGUCGACUGCCUAUUCUCUUUUUUGCAAACAAGAUGGACCUCAGGGAUGCGAUAUCAUCUGUGAAAGUAUCUCAGUUACUAUCAUUAGAAAACAUCAAAGACAAGCCCUGGCAUAUCUGUGCCAGUGAUGCUCUUAAAGGAGAAGGAUUACAAGAAGGUGUGGAUUGGCUCCAAGAUCAAAUUACACAAUCAGAUCCAAGCAAUGAAGACAUGAGAGAGAAAUAAAAGAUGUAUGGCAUUCUUUUACAAACUGUCAGUAGGUGUACAAGUUCCUUGGAAAGGAAGAAUGAUUUAAAGAAAAUGAACAGUUCAGCUAAAAUAUACUGUGUUGACUUGUUUCCUUUUAGUAACUCUUCCAGGAAAACUGAAUGUAGGCAACAUAGCACCUCAGGUAUGCACAUUGAUGAAUUAAAUCAAAUCUUGUGACUGAAGAGCAUAUUUUAAAAAAAGAUUUAUGUUAACAAUAAACAUCUGCAUUCAUUUGAGUUCUAGGUGAUAAUUAGCCAUCAGGAAAUGCCCCUCUGUUUUUUGGGGGGACACCUUUUGACCAAAUGGGAAUAUUUAUUUUCUUGAGAAAGAAUAAUCCGCACUUCCUGAAAUACAGCUGCAUGAGAUACCUACUGAUUUUAGGUGCCCAUUUUUAGGUAUUUCUGCAAUUUUUUUUAUUGUAAAGUUUGAUGUUGGGUUUUUAGUAACCAUAUACAAUAGGCUUCUAGAGGAAUAUUUUGAUUUUGAAAAGGAUUCAAAUAUUCAGUGUAUUUGUUAUAGAUGAUUGCAGAUGUUUUCAAGGAACUGUUUUUAAUGAAAUGUUAUGAAUUGUUUUUGUGAUAUGCCAUGGUUAUAUUUGCAUUCCCAUCAAUAAAACUUCAAAUACACAACAUGCCAUAGUUUGGUUUUUUAACUUA